GAAUUCUGGUCAUGAUGACGAGUAGUAGGAUGCGGUGUGCGGCAAGAAUGCGAAUGCUUUCGGCUGUACUCAUCGGCACAGUGAACGAAUGAGGACAACGGUAGGCCCAGAAUAGCGGAGAGGGCUAGGCAUUAAUAUACCCCCUUACAAAAUAAUUAAAAAACAAUUUUGUUGCUCCACAUUUGUUGAACAAGACAUGAACAAGAGGACUAAUCAUUUUGAAAGUUAGCUUGUGAUAUGAUCCAGCUUUGCAGUGGUUUGACUUGGAGGUCACAUUUCACCUGAUGAUUGCUUUUUGUGUUGUAGCUAAAUAUUGCACAGCCAAAAUCAGUUGUUUGUCGUUCAAACACGCUAUCCAUUGCAUGUUUUUAAUCACUUGUUUUUAUUCCCUUUUUUCGAACUGGUCCUGUUUGUACUGCAAGAAAAAAGCGAUUAAAAAAAAACGAUUUUUAAUCAAUUUUUUCUUUCCAGUAGAAACAGGCCUUUAGAUUUUUCAAAGCAUCAUAAAUUAUAACUUUUUGGCAUUCAAUUUAGCAAUCUUCGAGUUCUCUGAAGUUGUGUGAAGGAAUCUUUAAACCCUUACCAAAUCCCAUUGCUCACAUAAUCUUUUUUAUUUGAGUAAUGUCAGUAAAUGGGGUAAGUACUGUAUUGCACCAGAUAAUGUUGAGUAAAUCUGGUGCAAGUUGUCAACACUUAGUUUGCUGCCAAGGUAGACAAUGCACGAAAACAAAAUGGUAAAAUUGCUACACAGACCUGCCAAUGCUUGCUUCUCAGGCAUGAAAUAGAAGGCUGAUGCCUUCUAGGGGUUGUAACCAUAUCAAAAUAAUUAUGGUGACAAAUUAUUUGCAUCUCCACCACAUGACAACCGAACCUUACAGCCAAUAGCAAUAUUCCUCAUUUUGGCUGCUGGAGUGAUCCAAUAAAUAAUGGCUCUUUGAGUGUUUUUAUAAUAAAAUGAAAUUCCAAAACUUUUUUCCAAACAAAAAAGACUGUCACAAAUAGAUUUUGAAAAAAAAAAAAACUUCUUAGGAUGGGGAGGAUAUAUUACUUUAAAAAAUCUUCUAGGGUACAGUAAGAGUAUAUUAAUUUAACAUACUGUACAAAAAAUUGAAACAAGUGCAUCUGCCAGUAAUAUUAUGGGCCUAUCUUUAAUCCAUCACUAAAAUGUAUUUUCUUUUUAUGGAAUGAUAUCCAAAAUGACAUUAUCCAGAAAAUGAAGAAGAAAAAGGUUUUAAAGUAUUGGUCCACAGUGCCCUCCCUGGUGGGGCCGAGUAUACUUUACAGUGUAAAUAUUGUGGUUCAAUAAAUUAUUAUUAUUAUUAUUGUGGUUGUUAAGAUAUUUGCCUUUUUUUAGUCUAAGGGGCAUGGGUUCAAAAUCCCCUAUAAUGAGGCUUAUAAAAAUAUCAACUGAUCAUCAUUUAUCCUACUAAUUACUACUUUUUAUCUCAAUUUUUUAAAAUUCUAUUAGUCUUAAAAAAUCAGUUUUUGAACAGUUUUAUUUAGUUUUUUUAGUUUUAUACAGUAUAUAGCUUCUAGUUUUGUAUAUCUUAAUAUGUAUUUUUAAUUUAAGAAUAAUACACUUUAUUGUCUGUAUCUUUAUCAAAUUAUUCUCUUUUUUCCUUCAUUGCAGAAUGGGUGGAUCCAAUGGAACAAUGAGGAUUAUAUACUAAAGUUUUCAGAAUCUCGGAAACUUAAUCAUUCACAAAGCAAUUCAACUAAUGAUUUACGGCAUGUCAUUUAUAAAACUAAUCAACUUGAUUCAAAGGUCAACCUUGCAUUAGACAGCCUGUAUUCAAAAAAACAUAUGAAAAUGUUUGAGCGGUUUCGAUGGAAGAGAUCAGCACACUUUCAAAGGAUGUAUUUUGUAGAAACUCUUGUAGCAGUAGACAGUAGCAUGUCUGCUUUCCAUAAAGGAAUUGACAUAGAAUCUUAUGUUAUACAACUUAUAAAUAUGGUCAAUCAAUUAUUCAACCAUCCAAGUCUUGAUAGUAAACUUACUUUGGUAGUUAUCAAAAUAAUAUAUUUGAAUGAAAGACAGUCAACUGAAAUUGAAACUAGUGGGUCUCGUGAUUCCAGUCUCCAGAGUGUUGUACUAUUAGCUCAAAACGUGUCCAAAUCCAGUUCACGUAUUCCUGAUUUCACAGCCUUCCUAAUUCGAAAGACAUUGCUAGUUGCAGGUUGGGAAUGGUACACGACAACGAUAUAAAGGAUUGUGAGAAGGAUGCUGAGAGGUCAAGUGUCAUGUCGUCCCUGGUGAAGGCUCACAGCGGAUACUAUUGGUCAAAGUGUAGUCAGAGGGCAUUCAAGGAUAACAUAGAAUCGAAGUUCUGUCUGCUCGACAACCCAUUUGAAGUUCCAGACAAAAAAUCAUCUUCAAUGCUGCCCGGGGAGCUGUACAGCCGCGAUCAGCAAUGCUAUUUCAACCACGGCGAGGUUUACAAACAUUGUUUUGAAAGCAAAGAGAUAGAUUGUGAGCAUCUUCGAUGUGGUGCUGAUUACAUGUUCCCCUCCUGCCUACCUGUGCGCAGAGCAAAGCCCCCUCUGCCUGGAACUUUUUGUAAGACAGAUCAUUGGUGUAUGAAUGGAUCAUGUAUUCAUAUCAAUUACCAAGAUGGUGGCUGGAGUAAGUGGACUGCAUGGACGGUUUGCUCUAGGAUUUGUGGGAUAGGUGUUAGCAAGCGACGACGUUACUGUGACAGUCCUAGGGCUCAACAUGGCGGCAAGAAAUGUGUUGGAGAUUCAUUUGAAUAUAAGUUGUGCAAUAUACAGGAUUGUGGGAAUCCGAUACAAGACCCUCGGGCUGAUGCAUGCAGGGAUUACUUGUCGAAUUGGAUGCAUGAAGGGGCAAUGCAGGCAUGGGUGCCCUCAGAACUUCACAACAGAAGUCUUGGUUGUAAGCUGUCGUGUGUGUCACUUAACACAAAGUCAGUGGUGGUCAUGGAUCAGGAUGUCAUUGAUGGUGUUGCAUGUUCCUACGAAAACCCACAUGGUAUUUGCAUCGACGGAAAGUGCAUGAGAAUUGGCUGUGACAAGGUUUUAGGGUCCACAUUGAAGUUUGAUAAAUGUGGUGUCUGCGGAGGGGAUAACUCAACCUGCCAAGAGGUACAUGCCAUGAAAAGGAGACGUUUAAAAAGAAAUUAUCAAGUGGCAUUCAAGAUACCUAUAGGAGCAUAUGAUGUUUUAGUUGAGGAGGUUUCAAAAACCAAUAAUUUUAUAUCACUAAAAGAUGAUUUAAACAGGCGGUACAUAUUGAACAGUAAAAAUAUCCAGGGACCAUCGUGUGAUUUUGUCUUUCAUAAAGUAAACUUUGUCUACAUCAAUGAAGAUGGAGUUGAGAUGUUGAAAACACGGGGACCAAUGCGGUCUAACAUAACAGUAUUGCUAGGUAAUGGAAAUGACAAAUCACCAAUCAUCAUUCACUACAGUUAUGUGAUAAAUCGAGAGGCCUUAAACAACCCAAGAAAACUUCAAAAAAAUAAAAGGAAUACCUACUACUGGCAAGAGAAGGGGUGGACUGUGUGCAGUGCAUCUUGUGGAAAUGGUACAUCAGUCAAGAUGUUUAAUUGCAUUGAAGCGGGCAGUGAACAUAUUAUGGACAAGUUUUAUUGUCUAGCAAAUAACCCUCCUCUUAUUCCAGUUAGCAGAGUGUGUAAGGAACGCGAGUGCAUUGUACCACAGUGGCGAGUAUCUAACUGGAGUGAAUGUUCUAAGGCAUGUGGACUACGAAGCUACCAACUUCGUUGGGUGGACUGUGUGCUGAACAUUAACGGUGUAAAUGAAACAGUUCCCAUCAGGCUUUGUCAUGCUGAACGACCAGCCAUUAGCAAACCCUGCAAUGUCUCGCUUUGUGAAGGAAAGUGGAAGAGAAGUGUCUGGUCCCAGUGUUCGGUGUCAUGCGAGAAGGGCGUUCAGACGCGUACAAUUACCUGUGUCGGACCUGAUGGUGAAGAGAAUCCAGAUUAUGGAUGUCAAACCAAAGACAAAAACCGAAGCUCCAAGCCAUGCGAUAUGGGACCAUGUGUUUGCUCACCAAAGGCUGGAGGCAAGAUCUGUAGUUUAAGGACGUAUCAGCAAUAUUGCAAGCUAGCCAUCUAUCGUGAACAAUGCUGUUCAACAUGCUUGAAACAGAGGAUCCUAUUGGAGGAUAUGACCAAAGCUAGCAAAACAGCAACAGCCAAUCGUGAUGCUACUAUACAGCAGGUUGACAGAGAAGCUAAACGAGCCAAUAAGAAUAGCAGGAAUACUGGAUGAAUAGUACAACUAAUACUACCUCAUCCAAAUACACUCAUGAUGUUAUCAAGGAAUAAAGAAUGGCAAGAGGUCCGACUGUCGGUGUUUACUUGAAAAGUACCACAUAUUAGAGGGCAUCCUUCAAAAGAUAUAAUAUACAUGUUAAAGUUGUUUGUAUCAAACGUGUGCUGCGUGUAGAGAAUGCCUGUUCAAUUUUUGAACUCUAUUCAAAAUUAUAAUAGACUGCCCCUUAUCUUCUGGUAGUAACGCAUUUUUCAUUUCAUUGCUUGCAUGCAAAAUCAGGAGAGUCAGAACUCUUACCAUUCUGUACUUUUUGAUGUUAUCCUAUACAGUGGUACACUUGCCAAAUACUAACCAUUUAUCAAUAAGAGUAAUUUACUUCCUAAUAGAAAUUAAUCCAAUUUUACUUCCUGUGGUAGACUGAAAAUUUAAUUUACUUUUUAUGCUAGACUAUGCAAUUUAUCUCUAUGAUGACUAUGAAUUUAUUUUACAUAAUUUUAUUUCCAAAGGUAGACUGAUUAUUUAGCAAAUAUUUAUUUGAGGAUUGAAGUACUUACAUGACAUGAAAUAUAUACAUUUCACUUAUACAGUUAUACAAUUUUACCUCCUUUGGUGGACUGUGAAAUUUUAGUAAACAUUAUAGAAGUUUAACCUGAAAUGGUCAACCAUGAUAUUUACAAUUAUACAGUAGUUUAGCUCCUGCAGCUAGCUGAAAUCUAUCCAUAAAAAUUGGUCAGCGGGUCAGAAAAAUAUUUUUAAAUUAAUAUUAUUGAGGGCUGCUGAUUUUUUUUUCAAUAUGAAAAAUUUUAGUUUUCUAUUGUAUCUUUAAAAAAAAGAUAUUUUAAAGUACAUAGUUUUAUUGUAUUAUUAGUUUUUUAUAUGUAUUUUUACUGAUGAUCGGCAACGAGCUGUUAAAAAUAAGGGGGUUUUCAAGCCAAAUGUUGUAGACGGGCAGCACAAACCGGGAAGCAACAAAACACUUGUCGGGCCGGCCGCAUGUAGCCUGGGGGCUGCACACCUGCACAUUAUAAAGUACCACUACUUCACAUUGCUGAAUGAAUGUUGUAUUUUUGUAGUUAAAGGGCCAAUGAUUUAUUAUUGUACAUAUUGUAUAUGUAAUAAAAUAUUUAUAAUUGAG